CAUUGCCUGAGGUGGUGCCAUCACUCUGGAUUCCCACACGAGCAAACAAAAACUCAACUCAGUGGAAACUGUCGUGUUCUAGGAAAACAAAACUUCUCCUUAACAUGGAAGAUGAGUUCUUUGGAGAAAAAUGCUUCCAAUAUUAUUGUGCAGAGUUCAUCAAGCAUUCACAACAGAUAGGAGAUGGUUGGGAAUGGAAAACAGCCAAGGACUGCUCAGAUGGCUACAUGUGCAAAACAGAGUUUCAAAUAAAAAAUGGAACAACACCAUCACAUCUGGGAACACCUGCCAGUGUACACACAGGUUUUCCAACAGAGGAGAAUUUAGAGCUACCAGUGGAUGAUUCCGAAGUGAUGGAGUCUGCAGCAGCAUCCAAAGUGAUUAAAUACGAGUAUCAUGUCUUAUACUCCUGCAGCUACCAAGUGCCCGUUCUUUACUUUAGGGCAAGCUUUUUAGAUGGGAAACCUUUAUCCCUGACGGAUAUCUGGGAAGGAGUCCACGAAUGCUAUAAGACACGUCUGCUGCAGGGACCAUGGGACACUAUUACCCAGCAGGAGCAUCCUAUACUUGGGCAACCGUUCUUUGUUCUACAUCCCUGCAAGACAAAUGAAUUCAUGACUGCUGUGCUGAAACACCCGCAGAAAAUCAAUAGAAAUGUCAACUACAUCACUUCAUGGCUGAGCAUCAUGGGGCCAGUUGUUGGUCUGAAUCUACCUCUGAGCUAUGCUAAGGCAACAUCACAGGAUGAAUGAUUUGUUGACAAGCGAGGAGGUGGUGAGAACUGAGGCUGCCUACCGACUCUGCGCCAGACUGAAGAGCCGUUUGUUACCGUCCCACUGCGAGUGUGUACAUGCCUGAGAACCACAGAGAGCGACUGAAGCGAUUUGAGGUGUUCACGUAGUCACAUUAGCACUUUAGAGAGAAAGUACUUUUCAAAUUCUGCUGCUCCACACAACUAUCUCACAGAGGUUUUCCAUCAUUGCAUUGACAAAGUGGAGAAUGACGAGUGUCUGGCCAAGUACCAAGGACAUGUAUGUUUCAGUUCUUACCUGGGGCCUUCUAAACAGAGCCUGCUGGGGGCUCCAGAAUCCUGAGUCACCUGAGGCAGGGCAUCAAGCCUCUCCUAGCCUCUGUUUUGUGAUGUGUCAAAUGUCUGAAAGUAUAUUUAAUCCAGUAUGUUGGAUAUUACUUUUUUAAAUAAAGACCACUUUAGAAAGAAAA